GAGGCCGUGGUGGAGGUUCCUGCCCCUUCCGGACCUCCUCCGGGCUGGUCGCCGCCACAGGCUCCAUUUCCGGCCGCAGUCCCUGCGGGCCCUCCUCCCAGCGCCCCGCCGCCGGUCAUGGAUGACAUGGCGCCCCCGCCGGGUAACUUUGCGCCUCCCCCGGCCGUGGGUCCCUACAAGCCUGGCCAUCAGCAAGGGCCUCCGAAAGAGUACCGUGCUGAGCCGCCCCGGCAGAUACCAGGAAGCUAUCCACCACCUCCGAAUGUGCAGAGGUCCGAGUACAGCGCUGUCCCUCCGGCUCCUGCCAUUUCAGCUCCUCCAGCUCCCCCCGGCCUCAACCAAGCCCACCCUUACACAGAGAGUCGAGCAUCGCAUGCCCCACCCCAAGGCACUCCUAGCCAUCCUCCACCCCAAACCUACCCACCACAGGGCUACCGGCCCCCGUCUGCAUCGCUCGCUUACCAAAACCAUCAGAGCCAACCGCCACCCCCACAGCCGCCACCCCAACAGCACCUGCAGCAGGGCCCUCCAGCUCCUCGACAGCCUCCGGCCCGGGAAGCUCGCGAAGCUCGGGAAGCUGCGAAAGCCCCGUACCCCUCGCACGCAUCACAGGGCGCUUGGGGUCCACGAGACAACCGGGACACUCCUCCCAGCUCUUGGGGCGCCCGGACCGCCGAGAACACGGGAACUCGUCGGCAGAAGGGCGAAGCACGUCGGGUCCGGCGCCGGCGCCGCUCAAGACGGGAGCACUCGGAGCGCUCCAGAGGUCGGCGAAGGCGCCGGGAGCGGGACCACAGCAGAGGCUCUCCCAGAGCACCGGAGAGACCUCCCGGAGAUCACAGCGUCCCAGCUCAGAGUCAGAGCCAAAAGGGACCAAGGGAGCCAGAGCGGUCGCAAGCCUAUGUGAGCCCUUACCCGAACCCUCACAUGACCCAGCCCCCUUCAAGGCCUCGGCUCCCUGAACGGGUCGAGGCCCCUCCGGGAAAUCUGCACGGAGGGCCUUUGACGCAGAGCGCUGCGCCCGCGUGGAGGGAUCCACUGCCUGUGCAGCGACCUCCAUCACACGCUCAGUGGGCGAGGCCUCAACAGCCCUUUACGCGAGCUUCGGUUGUGCCCUCGGCACCCGCGGCGCCUGCGGCACCACUGUCCUCAGCGCCGGUCUCGGCAUCUGUGCGUCCGGCAGCACCAGCGGUGGCGUCAGCCCCGUUGGUGAGAGUGGCACUGUUCGAUGCGCAAGAGUCCUACAGCUACAGCAGUGAGCGAUCAGGCUCUGUGGACUCUUACAGCUCUUACUCCAGUGUGGGCGACAUGGCUGGGCGGCCAAAGAGCGCCUUGCCGGCUCCAGGCAUCUCGCCUUUUGCAUCGGCUGUUGCUCCUGUAGCCUCGGCACCACCAGCACAACCGGCGCCAAAGGCCUCCGCCGAGUUGGAGGAGGAAUACUCCGAGUCGUCGGAAUCUUCCUCUUCCUCGCUGAUGGUCCUUCCCAAG